AUGAUCACCAGCAGCCUCUACAACCCGCCCUCCGAACCAUGGGCCUACGCACCCGACGCCAGCUGGCCACCCACAACCAUCGGCCAGCCCAUCCAACCCCAAGAGCCAGACGAAGAGCUCGUCCAAAUGCUCUCCGAAAUCGACCCAGACCGAAUCCAACACACCAUCUCCACUCUCGCCUCCUUUGGCACCCGCCACGCCCUCUCCACCCAAAACUCCUCCACCCGUGGCAUAGGCGCCGCCCGCGACUGGAUCCUGGCUGAGAUGACGAACAACGCCCGCCCAGCGAACGGCGCCAUGACCGUCGAAUUAAACAGCUACAUCCAAGGCGUGGCCGAGCGCAUCUCGUUCCCCGUCAACAUCUCCAACGUCGUCGCCACGAUCCCCGGCACAGCCGACCCCGACCGCGUGUACGUAGUAACGGGGCACUACGACUCCCGCCGCCUCGACGUCAUGGACUACACCGGCGACGCCCCAGGCGCCGACGACGACGCUUCAGGCGUAGCAGUCGUAAUGGAAAUGGCGCGUGUAGUCGCUCUCCACGGCGCGCAAAAAUCCACCCUCGUCUUCGCCGCCACAGCAGCAGAAGAACAAGCGAGCUAUGGCGCCACGCACCUAGCAAAAACACUAAAGAGAGCCGGCAAAUCCGUCGAAGGCAACUUCAACAACGACAUCGUCGGCACAGGCAAAAAUUCCCCCUUCGCGCCCAUCAACGACCACACCGUCCGCUUAUUCGGCGCAAGCAUCUUCUACCCCAACGUCUCCUCCUCCGCCACCGAAAACGAAUACGGCCUCAUAGGCGGAUGGAACGACUCCCCCGCGCAGAACCUCGGACGUUUCGUCUCCGAAAUCGCCGCCGGCGCCGCAGAAGCCGUGGGCAUGCAGGUAGCGCUCAUCUACCGCCCCGACCGCUUCUUACGCGGGGGUGAUCACGAGUCGUUCCUCGAGCAAGGCUUCCCCGCCGUGCGCUUCACGGAGCCGGUGGAGGAUUUCCUGCAUCAGCAUCAGGAUGUGCGGGUGCAGAAUGGGACGCAGUAUGGGGAUUUGAUUGAGUUUGUGGACUUUGAUUUCACUGCGAGGGUUGCGCGGACGAAUCUCGCAAGUAUGUAUUCUGCUGCUAAUGCGCCGGCGAUGCCGCGGAAUCUUAGUAUUAGUGAGAGCAUUGGUUUUCCUGCCACGGAUCGGAGUACGAGUCUUGAGGUUUUGAGCAAUGAUAGUCAGUUCUGCUGGAACACGGGGGAUGAUGAAAUGGUGGCGGGGUAUGAGUUGGUGUUUCGGUCGACGGGGAAUUUGCAGUGGUCGCAUGUGCUGGAGGUCGGGGAUGUCGGGAGUGUGACUGUGAACUUGCCGAAGGAUGACUUGCAGUUUGGAGUCAGGAGUGUGGGAAAGGAUGGGAAGAAGAGCCCGGCGGUGUUUCCGUUGCCGGCGGAGAGUUGCUAG